AUGUCUCUCGCCACUGAAAACAAAGAUCCCAUCGAGGUUUCUGCACUUGAUAGUGUCAGCGAUCGCACCAAAGCGAAAUGGGCUGCUGGUUCCCCAGAGGACAUUGCGGCUCGCCUCCCUCCGAUCUUGGACUUGACCAUCGAGAAUAUCACUGAAAAUGUGAUGCAAAUCAACUCCAUGUGCGACAACCCUCGCCUUCGAUAUCUUAUCACAAAGCUUGUGAAGGCUUCGCAUGACUAUGCCCGGGACGUGAACUUGCAAUUCGAUGAAUGGGAGCAAGCCUGGCAGUUUCUCACUCGUGUCGGCCGAAUCUCCACCGAUGUCCGUCAUGAGUUCGUCCUCCUGUCGGAUAUCCUAGGCAUUUCAGCUCUUGUUGAUGCCAUUUCAUACCCCGCUGUUCCUGGUGCGACCGAAUCAUCCGUGCUAGGUCCAUUUCACGACGAAGAGGCUCAUUCGUUUGAAUAUGGCGAGUCUAUCACUGCCGAUGGGACUCCCGGUGAGCCAACAAUUGUUCGUGGCUUCGUCCGCGACACCGAUGGUAACGUAGUUCCCAAGGCACUGAUCGACGUGUGGGAGACCGAUGGCAACGGGGUAUACGAUCUCGAAUACGCGGGUAGCCAAGAGCCUAAUUGCCGUGGCAAAAUCUUCACUGAUGCUUGUGGUCACUAUCUCUUCAAAUGUGUCAAGCCAGUGGCUUAUCCAAUCUCCAACGAUGGUCCGGUUGGAGAGCUUCUUCGCAAGUUGAAUCGACAUUGGUACCGACCUGCUCAUAUGCAUUUCAUGAUCAUGCAUCCCGAGUAUACCAAGUUGAUCACUGCGGUCUAUUCUAGUGAUAGCAAAUAUGUGGAGAGUGACACAGUUUUUGGCGUCAAGAAGAGCUUGAUCGUCGACUACCAAUGGUCUGAGGAUCUUGCAUUGGCCAAGCAGCACAAUUUAGUUCCCAUGGUGAGGAUUGUGGACGGUCGUGAAUCUCGAGGAUUCUGGUUUCUCGAUCAAGACUUUGUCCUGGUGAAGAAAACCCCACCUCCUCCGCGUAAGAUCCAAGAUGAUUGA